GUGAUAUUUAAUUUUAUAUAACUUUUUAUCAUAUAACAAAAUAAUAUAUAAUAUAAGGUUUCAUUAAACAACAAUAUGUUGAAAGGAGUUAUAUUAAUAGGUGGUCCUCAAAAAGGAACAAGGUUUAGACCCUUGUCUCUCGAUGUUCCUAAACCACUCUUUCCAGUUGCCGGCUUACCAAUAAUACAACAUCAUGUUGAAGCUUGCGUUUCCUCACAAAUCAGCGAGUUUAUAUCAGACAUGCAACAUGAAUAUCAAAUAAAAAUAAGGUAUCUACAAGAAUUUACUGCUUUAGGAACUGCUGGUGGAAUGUAUCAUUUUCGAGAUUUAAUUCGGGGAGGAUCUCCAGAAGCUUUCUUUAUUUUAAAUGGUGAUGUUUGUGCUGAUUUUCCAUUACAGAAAUUACUUGAAUUUCAUAAGAAACAAAAUAAUGCAUUAGCAACAAUUAUGGGAACUGAAGCUACCAAAGAGCAAGCAAUUAAUUACGGCUGUCUUGUAAUGGAUAAAAUGUAA